UCACACACUUUCCCAUAUAAACCUGUUCUUUCUUCCCAAGGGGGCGCUGCAAUGCUGUCUGUGCCACUGCUUCACCCUGAAACCAUGGAGGCAGAACCAUCAAAUCCCUCAGAUUCGCUCUGGGGUCAGAUAUCCAAAUAUACAACCAUGUUCAGUGAAACAUACAAAAGAAAGCCAAUUCAUUAUUGGGUUCUUCUUGUUCUCAGCAUCAUAGCAAUGCUUGUGGCAUUUCCUUCUUCCAGUAUUCUGUCUCGUGUUUAUUAUGAUAAUGGUGGCCAAAGCAAGUGGAUCAUAUCUUGGGUGGCUGUUGCUGGAUGGCCUAUAACUGCAUUGAUAUUGUUUCCUACAUACCUCACUAGGAGAACCUUUCCUACUCCUCUGAACUUAAAACUAAUUCUAUCUUAUAUUAUUUUGGGUUUCCUUAGUGCUGCUGAUAACCUCAUGUAUGCUUAUGCCUAUGCUUAUCUCCCUGCAUCCACUGCCUCACUAGUGGCAUCAUCAUCCCUUGUGUUUUCUGCACUCUUUGGAUACUUUCUUGUGAAGAACCAAGUGAAUGCUUCAAUAGUAAAUUCCAUAUUCGUCAUAACUGCUGGAUUGACCAUCAUUGCCUUGGAUUCAAGUUCAGACAGAUAUGCUAAUAUCACUGACAGUGAAUACAUUAUGGGAUUUGUAUGGGAUGUUUUGGGAUCUGCUCUUCAUGGGCUUAUUUUUGCUCUCUCAGAGUUAGUCUUUGUGAAGUUUCUGGGAAGAAGAUCCUUCAUUGUUGUUUUGGAACAGCAAGUUAUGGUUUCACUACUCGCAUUUCUAUUUACCACUGUAGGGGUAAUUGUGAGUGGUGAUUUUCAAGCAAUGGCAUCUGAGGCUACCACUUUCAAUGGUGGUAAAGCUGCUUAUUGUCUUGUUCUCAUAUGGAGUGCAAUCACUUUUCAACUGGGGGUUUUGGGGGCCACUGCUGUAGUUUUCUUGGCUUCAACUGUGCUAGCUGGUGUGCUUAAUGCAAUAAGAACACCAAUUACAAGCAUUGCAGCUGUUAUACUGCUAAAUGAUCCAAUGAGUGCUUUCAAGAUCCUCUCCCUAAUUGUUACCUUUUGGGGAUUCGGUUCGUAUAUUUAUGGCAGUUCUAUGGGUGAAAAAUGAACGUAUGAAUGUGGCCAUAGAUAUUAUAAGACUCUUCAGGAAGGAGGAGGCAUGUGUUGUAAGAUAUAUUAUUUAUGGGGUUACAUUUCAAUCAAUAAUAUUCCCAUAAAUUCUGGGAAUGAUAUUCAUAGAUAAAUGUCAAAUAUGUUUCUGUUAC